CAUCUACCCCGUUAGCUAUAGCGCAGCAAAACGCUGCUCGUCAUACCGUGGCUGAGUCUUCCAAUAUUGCUAACGUGAUGCGAAAAACUUAACCUCUGGCCUGUUAACGUCAAGUGCAAGCGUGAGAGUGACUCGAGCGGCUCGACGCAAGCCUCCCCGCCUCAUAUUUUCACAAUCGAAGGAGGGCGUAGCCCUCUCGCAAUGAACACUCCGGACGGUUGGGUUUCAUCAAACGAUCACGAGCGCCUGUCAUUUGAGUCAUGUGAAGACGACGAAGUCCCAGAAUUCAUCGACGAGUACAGCAUAACUGAACGUGAUGCUGACGUUGAAGUACAACCAAAGGAGAAGAAGAAGCGCAUUUACAAGAAAAGAAAAACGACAUACGCUAUCCGCAAGGAGGAGAAAAUGGCUUUAGAGUCUCAAAUCAGGGGCUUGAUGGCCAAGAUUAACGUCCUCCAGCUUAAGACUUUGCUACAACAAGGCGGAGAAGACCAUUUACUCCACAGACAGCUCAAAUGUAAUGCAGUGCUGAGGAAUAACAUCCAGGAGCAGCAUUUAGCUGUAGCUCGAGUCCGUGCAAUGCUAACGGGUUCUACUGCUGUGCGCCCAACGAAAAUGUAUAUUCACCUACCAGCCGAUCCAACCACUCGACAGGAGGCCAUGAAAGCCCUACGAGAACCGAAGCUCUACUAUGCUAGACAGUUCAUCACGCAGCUAUGCCUUGGUCUUCAUCCCACCGCCAACUACUUUAAUGAAGAGCGUUUUGAUACGCCAGAAGGGGACUACUGCAACGUGCGCUUUGAUCGGACAUCUCUGAAGGUCUCAGGUGGAGUGCGUGCCGUGUAUGAAGCUCUACAGACUGCUGUAUUCAACACCGAGAUCAUUCUCUCUGAAGCCUCGGGCAAUAUUACAAUCCGAGAAGAUGACGAUAUCGGCGGCUCCCAAUUGCGACUGGUAGCGCACACUACGAGUGGAUUACUCGUCGAGAACAACCUCGUCCACUUUUCAGAGUUUUCUCCAGCAGAGGGAAAUGGCAGCUACGCUCUCACCACGGUAGACUACGUCGACAGAGACGAUCGCUUCCCGUAUCGUCCACACGAACGUAUUCGUCGUGAUGCGAUGUCCAUCGUAAUGGCCACGUCACAAAGCACCGCAAGGAAAGGUGGACCCGCCUCGGAAGAGGACAGCGAUACUGUUGUGGUUAUAACUCGCUGGACGUUCACUCGAAUCUGUCGGACUGAGUUGAACGUUCCGAGUCAAGUUCUCCGACAGAUGAGAGAUGUAGCAGGUCAGGUCUCUGAUACGCUCUUAAACUGCGUGCGCGAGACCGUCGUACGUAAAUCGUCUUAGCAUUCAACAGAAUACAAACGCGGUAAAAAAACACGAACGUACCAUGUUCGGCUGAAUGAUGCAUUGUUUCCAAACGAG